AAUUGCAAAAUUUUGCUAAACAUUUCAAUUUGAUUGAUACUUCCAUAAGUGCAGCUGUAGAAUAUUAUUUACGUGAAUGGUUUAAACGUACUGAGAUAUCAUUUCCAUGUCGAUUGAUUCCAGAUCUUGGCGCAUACAGCACUCAGAUUGUAAACACUUCUGAUGCAUCAUGGGAAGGUUGAAGCUGAGCGCAUGCUUAAGCAAGGUUUACCGCUGACACCAACCAGGAACCAACUCGCUCCAUGCAGGACCAUAAAGAUAUCUCCUAAGACAUCACAAAUGGAUCCCAAUCAAGAAAGCAUCAGUGCAGAGGAAAUCACCGUCUCGAGAUGGAAGCGGUUUACUCGUACAGAUGGGCCGUGGUCUUGGCUGUUGUGUCUAUUACUUCUUACCAGCUGCCUCGUUGUCUAUGGCUGUUCUUCAACUUACGGCAUUAUGUUUCCUGGGGUUUUGGAAGAGCUGCAGUCUGGCAAAGCAAUUACAGCCAUUCCUGGUUCAUUGUCAUUGGCUAACAGUGGGUUAUUGGGUCCUAUAACUGGACAAUUUUAUGAUCGUUUUGGGUGUACCAGAGCGAUGUUGCUUGGCGGAUCCAUCAGUUUUAUUGGUCUAUUUACGUCAUCAUUUGCACCGAAUUCUGGUAUUCUAAUACUCACAUUUGGCAUGAUAUUUGGGUCAGGUUUGUCUCUGGUUUUUCUGAGCUCUUUACUGGUCAUACCGGAGUAUUUUAAGAAAUAUGCUUUUCAAGCAACUUCGCUGGUGUCUGUUGGUCCAGGGGCAGCAUUACUGGUGAUGAGUCCUGUUGUGCAGCGUUUGUUUCAAACAUUUGGUUGGAGAAAAAGCAUGAAAGUCAUGAGUGGUUUGGCAUUUUGUCCUUGUAUUGUGGGAUUAAUGAUGUGUGCCUUUAAAGGAAAGGAAGUACCAACAAGACACUCUUAUACUGAGCGAAACCGCCAAAACAGCGAUUUAGAACCAAGUAAAACGAGAUGUAAUGGACUCAUUAACGUGUCUGUCUUCAAAAACAAGGUUUAUGUGUUGACGUCUGUUAUGGUUACCAUCACAUCGCUGGGACAUAUGAUGCCGUUUGUUCAUUUGGCGAAAUACUGUGAAGAUAUUGGGAUUCCGAGUGACCACUCAUCAUGGAUCUACUUCUCGAUCGGUCUCUCUUCGUUAUUAUCAAGAGUCUUAGUAGGAAAAUACGGCAACACUAGCCUAAUAACACUUCCACAUAUCUACCAACUUGGUGCUUACAUCCUGGCUGUAGGGAAUCUAUUAUUACCUUCAUUAAAUGAGUUCUACUUGUUAAUAAUGUAUGGUAUCGUCAAUGGCGUUGGCGAAGGUCUUGUGUUUACGUCAUCUUUGCAUAUUGUCUUGGAUAGUCUACCAUCUCGAGGCAAGGGAGUCGCUUAUGGGAUAUAUGUUUUUUUUGUAUCUCUGUCUUAUGCAGCAGGCUCGCCCUUUUCAGGUUUGAUAGCCGAUGUGACUGGAUUCUAUAGUUAUUCCUUCUAUACCGCUGGUUCGUUAGAGGUCGUGGGCUCAAGUCUUCAAUUUCUUUCUCGUUUUCUUCACAAAAACAACGAAGAAAAAGAUGUUGAACAUUCUUCACAAAACUUGAUUGUCACAGAGAAGGAAACUGUUUCAUAAUAAUGCUUAUGAAAUUAUAAACCCUUUAAAAAUACAAAUGCAUUUGGACAUUCCGACGUUGUUCCGAUACCAGCGUUGGUCCACCAUUUUGAAUUUUUCUAAAUCUUUACUUUAAAUUCAAGCYAAUAAAAAGCACAAGAGUUUUGAGGAUUUUGAGAUAAAUUUAUGGAUGACGAUUAUUUUUACACGUGUCUGUUUUUGAUUGGUCAAAACCUUGUGACGAAAUUAGGAUCGCUCCAUGAUUCUGAUUGGUUGAAAACUCGUGACAAAAUGAGGAUCGUGAUUCUGGUUGGUUAACAUACCUUCUAAGUGUACGUUUGAAUAAUUUAUUUUAUAGUUUAUGCUGUAAAAUUAGAAACUUCCGUUAGUACAAUAAAAUGAGGAUGUUAUUUGAUUGGAAAUAAAAAUGCAGUAAGCAAUUAUUUGAGCUCACAGUCAGGGGAUUUUUAAAUAAUCAAGCUAAAGUGUCGACACAAUUAACUUAAUCUUCCCUGGACGUGAACUAUCUAACAAACGAACGUUAAUCUUUCUAGAAAACUCGUUCAAUGAUGAUGUUGUGCCGUCAAAGAAACGCAUGUCCCCUGGUGAGAGAAUUAUGAUUGUAUAAAGCAAUCAAUAAUCGAAUUUCUUCGUAGAGAUCUUUGUGACAUUGAGUUAUCCGGCAUAGAAAAAUGAAUCUUUAAGUAAAAUAUUUACCAUAACUAAUUUAGUUUGAUUUCCAAAACAUUCUGAUCUGUAAAUGGCUAGAAAGGUUAUGCUAACUUAACUCUCUUCUCCAGAAUAAAAGAAAGAAAGAAAGAAAGAAAGGAAGAAACAAACAAACAAAAACAAAACAAAGCAAAACAAAACAAGCAAAAA